AUGAACAGAUCGUGUGAAGUGGAACUCCUUUCCUGGAUAAAAAGCAUACUCUCGCUGAAGAUAGACGAAAAGACCGCCAGUCUAAUGGAUUUGCUGGCAGACGGCUUGGUUCUGUGCAAUUUGAUAAAUGUUUUUAUUCCCAACAAGUGCAUGGCAAAGCCAUCAAAUAUUGUUUUUAAGAGAAUGGAAAACAUCGACAUGUUUCUAAGAGCGUGCAAAGAAAUAGGAGUCCUUGACAGCGAGCUAUUCCAGACAGUCGAUCUAGUGAACGAAGAAAAGAGAAACCCAAAGCAGGUGGCCAUCUGUCUGUACUCUCUCAGCAGAAACCUGAAGAAAAAGUACCCAAAAUCAAAAUUCAAGGUCAUUGGACCUAAGCUGGCAGAGCAGAACAAAAGAGAGUUCUCAGCUGAGCAGCUGGAGAUGGGCAAAAAGAUAAUAAGUGUGCAAAUGGGAACUAACAAAGGAGCAACGCAGUCUGGGCACGGCACAGGCGUGCGCCAAAUAACUCCAGGUAAUGAAUAA